GUCUCUCCCCCUUGCUCCUCCUUAGUUGACAGGAAUCCCAUUAAUUUCCCCUUUUUGUCUUUCUCUCUCCUCUGCCUCUCUCUGAAAUUUUGAUUAUUGUCGUGCUUAUCCAUUGGGGCCUGUGGGUUUAUAUAAGCUUCAAGUGGGGGUCUCCUCUGUGUCCAAUUGCCCCCCCUGUUGGGUGUUUGUAGUCCAUUUCUCCGUGCCCUGUCUCUUUCUUUAGUGAUUGAAGAGGUGGGUCCUGUAAGCGCCAACACUGAAGUGGGUGUUUCUCUUUUUUAAGAAUGGGGAGGGUUAAGCUGAAGAUCAAGAAGUUAGAGAACACUAAUGGUAGACAGGUUACAUACUCUAAGAGGAGGGCCGGCAUUCUAAAGAAGGCAAGGGAGCUCUCCAUUUUAUGUGACAUAGAUAUUGCAUUGCUCAUGUUUUCACCAACUGGGAAGCCCACCUUAUGCUUAGGGGAACGCAGCAACAUUGAGGAUGUUAUUCAUAGGUUUGCAUCGUUGACUCCUCAAGAGAGAGCUAAGAGGAAGCUUGAGAGCCUUGAAGCAUUAAAGAAGACGUUCAAGAAAUUGGACCAUGAAAUCAAUAUACAGGAAUUUUUAGGUUCAAGCACCCAUAUAGUUGAGGAUCUUGAAAACCAAAUAAGGCAACUACAAGCACAGUUGUCUGAAGUACACAAGAGACUGAGCUAUUGGACAGAUCCAGAAAGGAUUGAUAAUGCAGACCGCAUCAUAGCUAUGGCAGAGACACUCAAAGAAUCUCUUACUCGGGUUCGAGCCCUAAAGGAAAGCUUUGCAAAGCACCAGUUCUUGACGUUGCCCUGCAGCAGUCACCAGUAUCAAAAUGGGAUUAAUUUGCCCUUAGGUAUCAGUGGUGAUCAGCAAACUCAACCCCUUUCUUGGGUUCCCAAUCAUGAUGGCCACCAUCUGAUGCUACAAGAGGAUCCAAAUUUGGCACUAUCUCAGAGGGAUAUGGAAUGCCCCCAGGAUGGCACUAUCUCAUCUCUCUCAAGUUUCUUUGGAAGUGGCAGGCAGAUGGAGAUCGGUAGUUCAAGGCAGGAGGAGACGUUGAAUGAGCUUAGUAGGAAUGCAUGCUUACGACUUCAGCUUGGUGGGCAGUUUCCAUACCAGCCUUACAAUCACAAUUUUCUUGGAGAGAAGAAGAUGGAAUUGAAUUUACAGGGAUCACCUGUGGACUAUCAAGUUCAUGGAUUUGAGGGUUCUCGAAUUGGCUAUAAUGGGGACCCUCAUAAUUGGGCUUCAACCUCUGGCCAUGGCGCCAUACCCUUGUUCAAUGAGCACCCAUUUCCUCAGCAACCAAAUUGAUUUCGAGAGGAAGUGGUGUUCAGAAGUGGUGUUUUCAGUGUUUUCAUCUCUAGUUUAGAAUGGAGGUUAUGUGCUUCAAGCUUAAGAUGGACAAGCCCCUUUUACCUUCGCAGUAUUUAAAUAGGAGUGGUUCUACAAAAGUCAACCUCCUCUUUCAUUCAAGUAUCAGUUACUAUGGUUUUAAGUUUACAGUGAGCUGCAUCAAUAUUCAUAGAUGGUAAAUUUGAAGAUUGUUGUUUGUGUCCUAGAGGGAGGAGUGCAUCAGCUGCAUGAGGCUUCGAUGCAUCUUCCCAUUAGUCGUCAUCAAGACUUGUGUAAAUUAUGGAGGUUCGGGGUAUACAGAUCUAUACACAUGCAUGUAUUGAAAUGAUUUAUAGGAGAAGGGUUUCCUGCAAUUCGUUUGUGACUUGAUGUGUAAAACUAUACAUACAUAGGUCAAUAAAUCCAUGUAUCUCCAUUGUUUCCAUAUAGUUUUGAUAGUUUACUAUAGCUUUAAUGAAGUUCCAAGACUUU